AAUAAAUAAGAAAGGCAAACGUACACCUGCGGGGCAUGUCAGCUAUCGCCUCGCACCUCUGCAUUCCGCCGUCCGUGUCGUGCCUCUUUCCAUGAGCAUCUUCUUGGCCACACAAGCUCUGUUGUUGAUUCUUCAGCCACUCGUCCCUGCAAUUCUCGCCAAAGGUAACCAUCCCACUUUCGCAUCUGCCUUAUGCCGCCGUUUUCGAUUAACCAUUCUCUAAUCUGCCUACUUCUUCUUCUGGGCCUUAGCUUGUAGGAAUAGUGUGAUUGUAUAAAAUAGGAAUGGCAACUCAUGAUGGAGGGGAUGACCAGCAGACAACAAGUGCUCAGGAUGUUGGUCUGAGAGGAAUGUUAGAAGAACAGUACCGGAAAAUCAAAGAGAAUGCAGAAACUUACCCUUAUGUUUGGGCUUCCUACAUUGUUGUAUAUGGUGGUUUUGCACUCUGGACUACCUACAGAUGGAGAAAGCUCCGCAAAACUGAGGACAGAGUUCGAACUCUACAGGAGAGAUUACGAAAGCUUGUUGAAGCUGAAGAAUCUACUACAAGCUCUGCUGCCUCAGCUGAAAAGGUUCCACCACCUGCCAAAAAAACAUCCGAGUAAUGAAAUAAUUUGCUGAUUCUGUUUUGGAUUCUUUAUACCAUAUCCCCCAAAAGAUUUACUGGAGUUUCAAAAUUGACAAAAAUACAUGGUUGUUUGGAGUAAAAUGUUAGGAAGAUUGGAAUAUCGUUCAUUUAAAACUUAGUAUGGAUUUUUGGGUCCUGAUGUGCUUAAAAAACUAUACUUCACCAUCUUUUUGCCAAAUUUUGACUUGCUAUUUUGUUUUAAGUUAAGAUGGUGUCAUUACAGAGAAAGAAAACAAAGAGUUAGAAUCAGAGGAAUGAGGUUGAGAGUGCAGUCAAUUGAUGGAUGUAUAUAUCAGAAAAGAGGUUUCAAUGAUUUUAUUGCAUUUUACAUGGCUUUUGUCCUUUUA